AUGGAAGGUAUUCAACAAUUGUUCAUCGUGAAAGAGUAUAAUCAAGCAAACUAUCAGGCAUCAACUACUUCUUUCACCAGAAUAAUGCUUCGUGUGGCGUGGAUAAGGAUGGUCAGGAGGAGCGGUAAACCGUACCGUUUCAGCGGAAGUGAUAGUCCGUCUGCAGACGACAGAACCCGGCGAUCGUGCGGCGGGAUAGGCGGCCUGCGUCUGGAAAUUAACUAUCCCCACCCCGGGGGAGCUGGAGCCGAUGCAGCUUUUUCCGAGGCAGCCGAACGUGCGGCAGAGGAGCAGGCUGUUGCUGGACCAAUCCCCGUUAUGGUUGUUAAGCCCUCGUCCGUGGCCGACGUGGAAAACGCUAUGACACAAGUUAUGGAGCAAGAGGCAGCCAUGACUGGGCAGCAGGAGGCCGAGGUGGCUGCCCCAGCGCCUUAUAAGGUGAAGUCUCCAGAACAGGAGAUGGACGAAUCAAUCGCCGCCAUUGACAAGCUCGAAGCCGAGAAAACACACUAUAAGUACGAUAUGGAGAAUGUACAGAGGAACUAUGCUGCUUAGAGGGAUUUGCCCGAUUGACGUGAAAGCCGACAUCUUGGUGCCUGCAAUCUGAUACGGGCGUGUGAAUAUAAGAAUUAGUUACACCAGGCUGCUUGGGACACUGCAUCCGGCAUCAUGGCGUGGGUGACCCGCAUGAGCUUACUUACCAUUGCCAUUGGUCUUUUGUGAAAGAGUAGACUACGAGAAGUAUCAGAGGUGAAGCUGUUACAUAUCUGAAGUUUUUUUCCGGCGCCGGCUUGACAAAGGCGGCUGACGCAGCCUCUCAUGUCCAUCAAAGCCUCGAGUACAUGCCAAUGUGUAUAAGCCACUGACAUAGCGGAACACAUGCGUUACUAUGGAUAGAACAGCUCACUGUUUU